CCCAUUUCCACCGUCGCUGGGCAUCCACAGGGCCAGGAACCUCCGCGCCAUCCAUUGCUCGAGCCCAUCUGCUUCGUGGCACGUCAUACGCCCAGCGCUCCAGCUCCGGUCUGCACCACACGCCUCUUGCGACCUUGCCUCCCGACAGCUCCACUGCUCUUACCACGUUGCACCAUCUGAGCCUCGAGCCCCGUCGCAGCCAUGAGCAAAAUCGCAAGAUCCGUGAAAAACGUGACAAAGGGGUACAGCCAGGUUGAAGUCAAGGUCCGGAAUGCCACGAGCAACGAUCCAUGGGGCCCCGUGGGCUCAGACAUGGCCGAGAUUGCCCAAAUCACAUUCAACAGUUCGACCGACUUCUACCAAGUCAUGGACAUGCUCGACAAGCGCCUCAACGACCGAGGCAAGAACUGGCGCCACGUCCUCAAGUCGCUCAAGGUGCUCGACUACUGUCUGCACGAGGGUUCCGAGCUCGUUGUGACGUGGGCGCGCAAGAACAUUUACAUCAUCAAGACGCUGCGCGAAUUUCAGCACAUUGACGAAGACGGCCGUGACGUUGGACAGAAUGUGCGAAUGGCGGCCAAGGAGCUGACGUCGCUCAUCCUCGACGAAGAGCGAUUGCGCGCCGAGCGAGCCGACCGAAAGUCAUGGAAGUCGCGAGUCACGGGCAUCGAGGAAUACCCUGGAGCGGGACACUACGGUCCAGGUAAUGGCGACGCAAGGCACCCGCGCAACGGCGACCAGCGCCGCAACCGUAGAACCGAGGAGGAAGACAUUGAGCUCAGACUGGCCCUUGAGGCGAGCAAGAAUGAGGCCGAAGAAGAGAGGAAACGCCGAGAACGCGGAGCCAGGGCCGAUGAAACUGACGAUGAUCUGGAAAAGGCAAUCAAGCUGAGCAAAGAGGAAGAGGAAUUGCGCCGCAAGGAACUCGAGCAGACCAAUGCAGACCUCCUCUUUGGAGAGACGACUGCUCAGCCCAACAUCUAUCAGCCCACAGGAAACAACCAGGGCUAUCAGCAGCAGGGUCAGGUCGACUGGUUCGGCAACCUGAUGGACCAGAACCAGCAACAACAGCAACCCCAGAACACCGGUUUCCUCAACACGGCAUACGCGCAGCCUACAGGAAUGCAGCCCCAGCAGACUGGCUUCCAGAACGGCUUCGGCGGCUACGGAGGUUUUCAACAGCAACCAGCCUUCGACCAGUUUGGCGCCCAGCAGCAGCAGCAGCAGCAGUACUUGCAACCCCAGCACACUAUCCAGCCCCAGCAAACCGCCUUCAACAACAACCCGUACGGCCAGUUUGGAGGCUAUGGAGACAUGGGCCAGCAGCAACCGCAGCAAGACCAGAACACACUUCAGCCUGGUAGCCACAACCCAUGGGCUAGCAACAAACCCCAGGAUUCCCUCAUGCCGCAGCCAACUGGCUCCAACAACCCAUUCGCUCAGUCCUUUAACCGACCACAGACCAGCCAAGGCUUCACAAAACCGACGCUCAACACCCUCAGCGAGCAGAAGAGUCACCCACAGUUCAACAACACAGGCUUCGGCGCUCAAGCAUCCUUCUCUGCGCAGCCGACGCCGCAGCCACAACAACAGCAACCCCCGCCGCAACCACCGCAAAAGGAAAUGGAUCCGACUGCUGCGCGACUCAAUGCGCUCUUGGCAGCAGGAGAAGGCCAGGAUACUUUUGGCAACGUGGGAAAUAUGCGUAUUCCUGCUCAACAUACGGCACCUGGAACGUUUGUCAACUCGGCUGGUGCGGGUUUGAACAAGCUCAACGCAAACGCCACCGGCAACAACCCGUUCCUGAACUCGCAGUUCACGGGUUUGCCUCAGCAAAACCGCUUGAUGCCUGCGCAGACUGGCCCAGCAAACAACUUUGGUGCCAACCCGUAUGGCAAUGCCAACCCGUUCGGUGCCCAGCCGCAGCAACAGCAGAACCGACCAGCUGGAAGCAACAACUUAAUAGAUUUAUAAGUGUUUCAGGUGGAAUAGGGAGAGCAUAUUUCCUAUGUUUGCGGCCUUCGCUGUCCAAUGUUGGUAGCUGGAGCGCGGCUGCUGGAAGCCGAUAUUUUUUUUUUUUAUUCCAUGCUUCCAAGACUCUAUGGCGGGGGGAUGUUCGGAGGCUUCAUAGUCAUGGAUUCACAACAGACUGACAAGGCGACCGAACAGAUGAGCGGGACAUGCGGAGGGGUUUUUUCUUGAUUCCCUUUACUAUUAAUUUUCUCGACCUCGGCCGACUGCGUUGAUACGAAAGCCAUAAGUCUGUAACGGUGAUGGCUUGUGUAGAUAACAAUUUGGUCCGAAC